GCUCCCGCGGCUGCAGGCGCGCGGCGCGAGUGCCUGGCGGGCUCUCGCUUCCGCGUCCGCCCGGGGCCCCCGCCCCCGCCCCCGCUUCGGCCUCAGCCCCGCGCCCCGCGCCCGGCUCCGCCGCGGCCCACCGAGCCCCGCCGGCCGCCGAGCCGCCAGCGCCGGCCGCAGAGCUCCGGGUGCCCGGGCGGGGGGCCAUGCCGUGCCGGAGGGAGGAGGAAGAGGAAGCCGGCGAGGAAGCGGAGGGGGAGGCAGAGGAGGAGGAGGACAGCUUCCUCCUGCUGGAGCAGUCGGUGACGCUGGGCGGCUCGGGCGAGGUGGACCUGCUGGUGGCCCAGAUCGGCGAGACGCUGCAGCUGGACGCGGCGCAGGACAGCCCGGCCUCCCCGUGCGCGCCCCCGGGGCCGCCGCUGCAGCCCCCGCGGCCCCCGGCGGCCGUGCGGGCGGACAAGGCCCGGCCCCCCGCGCUGCCGCUGCUUCUGCCGCCGGCGCCGGCCGAGGCGGUGGGCCCGGCGCCCCCGGGGGCCCUGCGCUGCGCCCUCGGGGACCGCGGCCGCGUGCGGGGCCGGGCUGCGCCCUACUUCGUGGCCGAGCUCGCCGCAGGCCCCAGCGCGCUGCCCGGGCCGUGCCGGCGAGGUUGGCUGCGGGGCGCCGUUGCCUCCCGCCGCCUGCAACAGCGACGAUGGCCCCCAGCCGGGACGCGCGCCCGCGACGACGACCCGCACCGGCUCCUGCAGCAGCUGGUGCUCUCGGGGAACCUCAUCAAGGAGGCGGUGCGGAGGCUUCAGCGAGCCGUCGCCGCUGUGGCAGCCACGAGCCCCGCGGGCGCCUCUGGGCCCGGAGGCGGCUGCAGCGGACCGGACCCUGUCGCCCUGCAGCCCUCCGGCGCCUUGCACUGA